AGAUAGAUGCGUACAGGUACGUUCUGAACUGAACAUAACGAACGCACACACACACAGAUUAAUGUAUAUAUAUAUAUAUAUAGAUAUAUAUGCAUACACAUAUGCUCACAGGUGAACACGGCGUCAGAUAACUGAUAUAUAAAAUUAUCUGUACAUGCAUAUAUAACUGAUACGUAUAUGUAAAUAUACACACACACACACACACACACACAAAUAACAUUAUAUUCCUAUUUAAUAUAUCUACUCGUUUAUAUAUAUAUAUAAAUAUAUAUUUGUAUAUAAAUAUAGACAUAUCUAGUCAAUAUACACGCAAAUACAUUCACAUAUAUAUAUAUAUAUGUAUAUGAUUAUACACAUACAUACGUUAAUGCAACCGUAUGUUAAUAUAUUUGCUAAUAAAUAUACGUAUUAAAUGUUUAUGUUUUCAAAUUUGAUUACAUAGCACCAAAAAGUACCCCACCACCACCACCACCACCACCACCACCAAAAAACAAAAAACUAUAAGACUAACAUUACAAAAGUUACUGAUUAUCAAAUCUAAUCUUGUUUAAGUACAGGUAUAAAAGUCCACUUUUAUACAUCUAUAUCUACACCUGCUCUCUACAUAACAUAUAUAUAUAUAUAUAUACAUAUACAACCAUACAUACAUAAAUGCUUAUAAAUAUGCAUGCAUUUAUACUUGUGUGUACCACUAUACAGACAUAAGUUAGGAGUUUUGUCUCUAUGUAUACAUACAUGCUUAUGCAUGUAUGUAUAUAUGUAUGUAUAUUUGUGAGUUAUCAACGAAAGAAACUUAACUCAUCUCGGACUUAAGAAACAGAAAAACAAAGAAAAACUCCCUUGAAGCUAAUCGAUUGACGGAUUUUAUUUUUAUUUAGCUGACUUAUUAUCGAUCUGUUUUAAAACAAAAAGAGAUCCUAUCUUUCUCAUUGGAAAUAUCACAAUUUCUCGGAUUUUAUCUGUGUUGUUAAUAUUUAUUAUUUAAUUUUCAUCUAUUGCCAUUUCUAUUGUCGUUUUUAUCAUUGUUCUAAUUACUAUUAAAAUUAUUUCAACGCUAAUUUCUUUGCUUCGUAUACGUUCGAACUGUUUAAAUGCCUCGGUCAUUCUUAAUCAAAAAACGGAAUAUAACAUCGGAGGAGAUUCUCUUGUCGGCCAAAUUACAAAAUGCUCUGGAGAAAGAGUGCUGGCGGGAUGUCCCCAAGAUUGAGCAGGAUAAAAAUUUUCGACUUAAUGAUCUUCGAGCAAAUGUUACUCUAGAACUUAACUGUUUGGAUACUAACUGCCACCGGGUACCUCAGCAUGUGAUUGCUCCAGUUACUAAAGAGAAGCUGAGUCCUUGUCAACCUUGUGUCAUCGAUCUGCCUCAUUCCAGCCACUCACCAAGUACUAGUCCCUCUCAAGCACCGCGCCAACUUGACCUGCCUGGAUGGCCGACACAGACUUUAUUACCACCUCAUUCGCUACAUCAUCAUCCAAACCCACCAGGCUAUGUAUCAACACACUGUUCAAUUCCAACACUUCCACCGAUAACUUCGCCGAACGAUCCUCAUUUCCCGCUACAUCUCUACAAACAAGACACCGCUCUCUACCGGCGUUCUCACUUUAUACCUUGCCUUCCAAUCAUUCCCAGUGCUGUACAUCAUCAUAAUUCUCCAUGUUUCUCGAGAUUAACGCCGAGUCCGGAUCGGCUGUUUCCGGAAAGCAAACGAAUCGACAGGUAUGAUUUCGAUGCGAAACUCUCCCAACAGCACUUAGAUUUAUUAUUAAUGAACAUGUCUCCAACAUCUUCACUUGAACAUUCGCCACGUAGCAUUGAUUCAACGGUCUCCGUUGAGAAAAGAAAAGCACGCAAUAGCUCCGACAGCGAAUUGACAUCGCGCUUUGUUUGUGAAGCAUGCAACAAAAGCUAUUCUACACUAAGUGGUCUUUCCAGACACAAACAGUAUCAUUGCAGCACUCAGGUGAAAAAAGAAUUUAAUUGUAAAUACUGCAACAAGACAUACCUGUCUCUUGGUGCAUUGAAAAUGCAUAUUCGGACUCAUACACUUCCGUGCAAGUGUAAAGUAUGCGGUAAAGCCUUUUCUAGACCUUGGUUACUACAGGGCCACAUAAGGACACACACUGGGGAAAAGCCUUUUAAAUGUACUCAUUGUGGCCGAGCAUUCGCCGAUAGAUCAAAUCUCAGAGCUCAUUUCCAAACACAUUCAGACGUAAAAAAAUACAGCUGUAAAGCAUGUACGAAGACAUUCUCUAGAAUGUCGCUACUUUCGAAACAUGAAGAAAGUAGCUGUCAUCGACUCGUACGAUAGAAUCUUCAUGUGAAAAAAAAAAAAAAAAUUAAUGUAUUCAAGGUGGUGCUCCAGCAUGGCCGCAGUCAGAUGACUGAAACAAGUAAAAGAAUGAAAGAAUAUUAUUGCCUCGUUUGUGGUGAGUUCCUUAGAGAAAGAAGUAAAUACCCGGCCAACCAAAUCCGCCAUUGAACUGGUUCUGAUACGUGGUUGAAGUAAUCUCACUUCACUUACUCUAACAAUGCUAAUGAGAAAAACAUACCCACUACAAUGUCCAAUUUCCCACUCCCGUUUAAAUUGGGAGUCUUGAACCUGCUCAAAAAUAUCCCAAUAUCAUUAACUAACUUUCAAGAUCUCGUUAAAAAAUGAAUAAUAUUGGAAACUAAAUGUUUCCUGAACAAAGCAAUAUAUAAAUGCUAAUGUAUGUGAGUGUACAUAUGCACAUAUUUUCUUCCGUAUAUGUAUAAAUAUUUAUGAACGUGUAUACGACCCUGCGAUGUUCACAGGCAUGUGCAUAUAUAUA